AUGCCUUCUCAGUUUAACAUUGAUGAUUUUGAAAGACUGAGUAAAGUGGGAGAAGGUACAUAUGGUAUUGUAUAUAAAGUAUGUCAUAGACCAACAUCACAAAUAUAUGCAUUAAAAAAGAUUCGACUAGAAGGUGAAGAUGAUGGUGUACCGGCUACAGCUAUUCGUGAAAUAUCAAUUUUGAAAGAACUUCGACAUCAAAAUAUUGUUCAACUUCGUGAUGUAAUUCUUACGGAUGCUCGUCUUUAUUUGAUAUUCGAAUAUUUAGCGAUGGAUUUGAAGAAAUAUUUAGAUUGCCUAGGCGAAAAUGAAGACAUGGACAUUGUAUUAAUUCAAAGUUAUAUGUAUCAAAUAAUCGAUGCCUUACUUUUUUGUCAUUGUCGUCGAAUAAUUCAUCGUGAUUUAAAGCCACAAAAUCUUCUUGUUGACACUAAGGGUAUUAUUAAACUUGCUGACUUCGGUUUAGCACGAGCAUUCAGUGUGCCAUUAAGAAUUUAUACACAUGAAGUUGUUACAUUGUGGUAUCGAGCGCCUGAAGUAUUGCUCGGCGCUUCACGUUACUCGUGUCCAGUUGAUGUUUGGUCUAUUGGUUGUAUUUUUGCUGAGAUGUAUACAAAACGACCAUUAUUUCAAGGUGAUUCGGAAAUUGAUCAACUCUUUCGUAUUUUCCGAACACUUGGUACACCAACAGAUGAAACAUGGCCAGGUGUUGUAUCCUUACCUGAAUUUAAAUCUUCAUUUCCACGAUGGAAACAAACUAGUGAUUUAUCAUCAUUACUUAAUGACCGUAUGCGUGAUGAUGCCCUUGAUUUACUUCUUAAAAUGCUCGUUUAUGAUCCGGUACGACGCAUAUCGGCCAAACAAUGUCUCAAUCAUGCCUAUUUCAAACAAUUUGAUCCACAAAAUUUUCCUGUACCAGCUCCUGUUAUUGUGCCUGUUGUCAAAGAAGGAGCCAAGUGA